GCAUGGAGGAAACGCAAGUAAGGCUAUGAUUCGACGCAGGGUGAAAAGGACGGGCACCCAUCAAAAUCUAAAGCUGAAAGAAAAAUAUAAAGAAUCCAACGGUGGAGGAACAUCCAUCCGCGGAGACACGGAGCCGCUCACGCCCAAGUCCUUGGAAUCUCACCCUUCCCAUACAAACACAAACAGCCACAGCCACAGCCACAGCCACAGCCACGGUCACUCCACACUUGACACUCCCAAGUCCCAAGUCCCAAGUCCCAACUAACCUAACCCAACCCUGGUUAAUUCCCAACCCUCUCCCUCCUCCCCUCCGUUAACGUUUAUUUAUACCCCAACUGCACCCCAUUCUAGUUCCAUUCUCCGUCUUCUUUUCCCGUUACUUCCUUCCUCUCCUUAGUUAGCGUAGCCUUCAUGUGAGGUGCGUUUCGCAAAGAGUUCACAAACCACUUGAGCUUACUUUUUUGUUUCUUCUUCUCUCUCUCUCCCCAUGAGUUGCAACGGUUGCAGGGUCCUACGCAAGGGUUGCAGCGAGUCUUGCAUCCUGCGACCUUGUCUUCAGUGGAUCGACACGCCCGAGGCCCAAGGCCAUGCCACUGUCUUCGUAGCCAAAUUCUUCGGCCGUGCCGACCUUAUGUCCUUCAUUUCCAACGUCCCACAAUCUCAAAGACCUUCUCUGUUUCAAUCUCUGUUGUUCGAAGCGUGUGGGCGAACGGUGAACCCUGUUAACGGCGCCGUGGGCCUUCUCUGGACCGGAAACUGGCACGUCUGCCAGGCCGCCGUUGAGACGGUACUCCGCGGCGGCACGCUCCGCCCCAUGCCGGAGCUUCUCGGCCUAGACGCUCCCACCGCCGACGAGGCCUCCGAAGGGGAAGUUACCUGUACCGACAAGUGGAGGGUCCGAGAUCCGAACCCGAAUUUCCGGCUCCCGGGUUCCAGGUCCGGUAACGCUGCUUCCGGCGCUAAACGCAAGCGUUUUGAAGAGCUCGCGAAGCUUCAGACAACCACCGAUCUUAACCUGCGACUCACUCCGAGUUUCCUGCAGAACGCGUGCCGGGAAAUUCGCCGGCCGGGAUCGCCGUCGAUGAACUCCGAGGAGUCCGUGACGACGACGGCGUGUUUGGAGAGCGGGAUCGGAGAUCACUACGCCGCCGACGGUGACCGGAAAGCGCUGAACCUUUUCAUCUGAGUUUCGAGUUUUUGUUUCUUCGCUUUAUUUGAGAAGAGGUUUUCCCGGUGUUUAAAUCCGGUGAGAUUUUGUAAGACAUGCCGGCACAGGAUUUUUCUCUCUGUUGUUCUUUGUAGACAGGGAGAGGAAGAUGAGGGUUCGUCGGUCAUAAUUUUUCCUUUUUUCCUUUUUUUUUUUUGGGUUUUGAUCUAUCAGGCAUGUUAUGAUGGUGUGACAUGAAUGAUGAAUAUUAAAUAAUUAAAUACAUAUAUUUCGUUUUUACAAGAGAAA